UGGAUAUUAGUAGAUAGUUAUAGUGUUGGAUUCAUUACAAUAUGGUGUACAUUGUUGAUACCAUUGAUGAUGUAUAUACUGCCAAACCUAUAUGCCAACCCCUUCCACUUUAGUCUGUUGACACUGCGCAUCUUCCUCGACCUGAUCCAGCAUCACUACUUCCUGCUCACACACCUGCGCCUGCUCGAUCGCUUCAUCACUGUGUCUAAUGGCGAGGUGGACGAUCUGCGCCCAGAGACAUACCGCGCGCAGUACGACCAGCUCGUUGGCAACAUGGCCUUGCUCAAGACUUGGAAGGCCCACACGGCAACAGCCUCACCCGCCACACGACUAAGUUAUCGCGUGAUCGAGAGUUACUUGCAGCUGGUCAUUCGCGGCUACGAGCUCAUGCAGUACCCCGCGCCACUAUACUUCAACCAGCCCGUGCUCUAUAGCUGCAACCAGCUGUUUGGCGGCCAUCUGGCCUUCAUUGAGAUACUGUCCAAGCAACAGAUCGUGACUCUGAGCGACGCCUCGCGCUACAUCCAACGAGUCAACAACUCUGGCCGCUAUAUCGAUGGCCUGAUUGCGGACCUGCGGGCGCGAGAGGAGCGUGGCAUUAUUCCGCCACGCUUCGUCGUGGCGGCAGCCAUCAAGCAGAUCGAGAGAAAGCUGCUGGCCAAGUUCGACAACAGCUUCUUCCUGAUGGUCAAGUUUGCCAAGGAUCUCAAGACAUUGGAGGAUGCGCGCAAGCUGACCCGCGCCGCCGCCAAGCACAACCUCAUCACACUGGAGAAUGCGUUGGUCAACGUCUUCAUCCCAUCGUUCCGCACACUACGCGACCACCUCAAGAGAAUGCACGACACCAAAUGCAACGACGACGAUGGAAUAUGGAAGAUCUCCGCUGGCGACGACGCCAACGACGCAGGUCGCGACGACCUCUACACAUAUCUCCUACGAGUCCACACUACAACAGACAUGUCUGCGCAGGAAAUCCAUGAGCUGGGAUUGAAGGAGGUUUCUCGCAUCCGUGGCGAGUUGGCCAGCAAGCCAGAUGAGUUUGGCGAUAUACUACGUGCCAUUUACAAAGAGGAACGAUUCCUCUACUCGUCCAACGAGGAGGGACGUGCCGCAAUCAUCAAAGACUACGCGGCCAUCUUGGAGGACGUCGAGCAUCGACUGCCCGGCCUCUUUGAAUCUAUGCCCAAGGCUCAAGUGCAGGUCGAACGAGUGCCCAUCUACCGCGAGGAGAACGCUCCCAUUGCUCAUUACCAGCCGCCACCCAUGGAUAGGAGCGCCAAAGGCAUAUUCUACGCAAACCUGCGAAGCACAGACACUCAUACACGAAUCAAUAUGAAGGAUCUGGCCUACCAUGAGGGCACGCCAGGCCAUCACUUCCAGAUUGCCACGGCACAGGAGCUAAAGGGCAUCGAUAUAUUCCGCCGCUUGCUAGUGCUGAAUGCCUACGCUGAGGGCUGGGCACUGUACGUGGAGCGACUGGCCGAUGAAGCCGGCUGGUACACCACCAAGUAUGAGCGACUGGGCUUCCUUGCAUUCGAGCUGUGGCGCGCCGUGCGACUGGUCGUCGACACGGGCAUCCACGCAUCGCAAUACCGUUGGACGAGACAGCAAGCCAUCGACUACCUCCAGGCCAACUCGGGCAUCAACACGGCCGACUGUGUAAGUGAGGUCGAGCGCUACAUCGUGUUCCCAGGCCAAGCCUGCUCCUACAAGAUCGGUCAGCUGCGCAUCGUAGAGUUGAGGACGCGUGCACAGACUCGUCUUGGUUCCAAGUUCUCGCUCAAACAAUUCCACAGUGUUAUCCUUGGGUCUGGAGCUCUGCCACUCGAUAUCCUUGAUGAUGUAGUCGAAGAGUGGAUCAUAAAGAAUGAAGUG